AUGGACUGGCUACACGUCUACAUUGCCGGGGCGGCCUUCCUAGUCUUCGCCUUGGUCGCGCUGGUUCUCUUUGUCUCCUUCCAACAAGUCAAGAUUGACCUCAACCAUGGCGUCUUCACUUACCUCAAGUUUAUUUGGGCCAGUUUCCUGAAACCUCAUGAUAGCCAGGCUGGGGAUCAACAAGAUGCGCUUGAGAGCUUUUACAAAACUCAGGCCAGCGUCUACGAUGCUACUCGACGUCGUCUUCUCUGUGGCCGCGAGGAUAUGCUGGGUCUCAUUGCGGCGCAACUGAAGCAUAAAGUUGAAAGUAAGGAAAUCAAGUCCGGAAAGGCUGUGUGGGUGGAUAUUGGCGGUGGUACUGGUUACAACAUUGAAGCCAUGUCCGCCUUCGUCCCAGUAGAGAGAUUCUUCGACCACGUGUACCUCGUCGACCUUUCGCCAUCUCUCUGUGAGGUUGCCCGCCAGCGUUUCCAGCGCCUGGGAUGGAAGAACGUCACUGUUCUGUGCCAGGAUGCGCGAUCCUUCCGUCUUCCAGAGAGGCAGGUCGACCCCCGGUCCACAGAGGCUGCAACGGAUCGAGCCGACAUGAUUACCAUGAGCUAUAGUCUUUCUAUGAUUCCAGACUACUACAGUGUCGUCGACUCCCUAACCUCGCGCUUGAAGCCAACGGGCUUGCUCGGUGUCUGUGACUUCUAUGUGCAAAGUAUCGUCGACGUAUCUUCCCGCAAUUAUAUUGGUGGAGCAUUCAACCGACACGUCAACUGGCUUGGUCGAGUCUUCUGGCGUGCGUGGUUUGACUUUGACCGAGUCAACCUGGAGGCUGCUCGCCGUGAUUAUCUCGAGUACAAGUUUGGAACCGUGAUCUCGGCCAGUGAGCGCAACUACCUCCUAGGUGGAAUUCCCUACUAUAUUUUUGUCGGCUGCCCUAAAGAGUUCGCCUCUACUCGAUCCAGUCAAGCCACCAUCGAGAAGUUGGAUGCUUCGUUCACCGAAUCUCCCUAUCUACACCCUGCCAAUCACGAAACUGAGAUGGAUAAAGCCGUUCAGAAGAGCACAAGCGAGGUUCGAUCCAAGGCUUAUGAAUCUGCUGUGAUCAACCUCAGCGCCAACCUCCCUCUCCCAUGCUCUUUCUACCAGAAUCACCACUACCGGAUCCACUACAAUGACAUGCUCCCCAAACACACGCAGUUCCAAAAUGAGUAUAUCUACGCUUUCACUUGGGAAGAUCCCCGCGUGGAUCACCGACUGCUAAACAUCGGCUCAGACGAUGUGAUCUUGGCCAUCACUAGUGCCGGAGACAAUAUCUUGGACUACCUUCAGAAGAACCCUCGUCGUGUCCACGCCGUUGAUCUAAAUCCGAACCAGAACCAUCUGCUUGAGCUGAAGGUGGCCAGUUACAGCACACUGGGUCAUCGUGAUAUGUGGAAAAUCUUCGGCGAGGGCAAGCACCCACAGUUCCGCGAGCUGCUCAUUUCGAAACUGAGCCCUCACCUCUCAAGUCAGGCUUUCCAGUACUGGUUGGAACACACCCAUGUCUUUACUUCCACUUCUGGAUACGGUCUCUACGAGACUGGUGGCUCCCGUCAUGCUAUUCGUAUGGCACGAUGGCUGUUCAAUAUCUUUGGGCUCCAGGGUGAGGUUACUAAGAUGUGCGAGGCUCAGAGCUUAGAAGAGCAGCGUGCUAUUUGGCCGCGUAUCCGUCGUGUUCUUCUCAGCAAGCCGUUGAACUGGGCUAUCGUGAGUACCGAAUGGUUUGCCUGGAAGGCAGCCGGUGUGCCUCGCAACCAGCGCAACAUGAUCGUCGAUGAUUUCUUCCGUCGCAAUGGAUUGACUUCGGACAUGAAGCAAGGAAAGGACAUCAGUGGCCAGUCCAUUUGGGAAUACGUGGUGAAUACCCUCGACCCAGUGGUCAAGGACACUAUGAUCAGCAACGACAACUACUUCUACUACCUGUGUGUGCAGGGUAAAUUCUCGCGACGAUGCCACCCUACAUACCUGUCACCCCAAGCGCAUGUCAAGCUCUCUACGCCCGGUGCAUUUGAUGGGCUCCGUAUUCACACCGAUGAGAUCAACGAGGUUAUCAACCGCAUCACACCCGGCACAUUGACUAUUGCCGUGGUCAUGGAUUCAAUGGACUGGUUCGAUCCCGCCGAAGACGCAGCCGCCGCUCAAGCCCGCCGUCUCAACCACGCCCUGAAGAAGGGAGGCCGGAUCCUACUCCGCUCCGCUAGCAUCGACCCUUGGUACAUCAAACACUUCGAAGACAACGGAUUCACAGCUCGUCGUGUGGGAGCUCGUUUCCCUGGCACUUGCAUCGACCGCGUUAACAUGUACGCUUCCACCUGGAUCUGUACCAAAAACGAAGACAUCAUCCGCCCCGGUGCUGGAAGAACAAUGUCGUCACUGUCCCUCCCCGAUAGUGCCGUCGUGGCGAAGGCGAAGAGAUCGACUAGCGUGGAGGACUUGCAACUUUGA